AUGGGGAAUCUUCAUCCAUGUAAAGGCCAGGUUUUGCAAAGAGCAGCGAUGAAGAGGAAGCUGGUGCCCUCGGGGAUGCAGUUGGUUCUUCUCGUUUUAUUGGUGUGGCUGCCAACAAGAUCAGUGCUGGCUGACUCGCUGGAAGACGAAGCUAAGAAUAACAUCACCAUCUUUACAAGAAUUCUAGACAGACUUCUGGAUGGUUAUGAUAAUCGUCUUAGACCUGGAUUAGGAGGUACAGUUGCUUACGUCUAGCUGCCUGCC